AUGAGCGCAUAUUAUCGCGACCAUCUCACCUUUCCCAAUCUCCUCUACCCUGGCGACACCAUCGCCAACACUCCCCGCGUCGACGCUAACGACGCCCACGUCGUCGACGGUGUGCAGCCCGCUACCGACGUUACUCAGUACCACAGCUCGGGACCAGCUCGUCUAUGCUCGGUGAGAGGAUGCGGGUCCGAGCUCCCGAACGACUACGCGCACAAGAUGUGCGAGACGUGUCGCGGACGACAUCGCGUCUAUGCCAACACAAAGCGUGCAAAACGCAAGAUGGAGAAGGCCGCGAUGGGCUUGCAGAACGGCCACGUCGUGUGGAUGCCCCCGGAUGACACGACCGAAGAUGAUGGAGGAGACGCAGGGCAUCACCAGUCACAACUGCCGCCAUUGUUACAGCCGCAAUCGCAGCAGGCAGGCGCGUCCGUAGUGCCUCGGGACCGUGUUCCGGGUAGCGACGAGCCUCGAACACCGAGCGCGUCUGCAGCUUCCACGCAAUUUCCUUUCAGUGACCCAAGCUGGGACCAUGCGAUUGACCCCCGGCUCUUCUCUCAAACCUCUGAGCUUGCUGGUGCAUUGAUUCUUCCUACGUCGACAUCUUCACUCGAAGCACACGCCGUCCAGCAACAGCAUCAUGAACAACAACAACAGGAGCAACCAUCUGCCGCUUCCCCCGAUUCCGCAUCUCAGUCCUCGUCGAGAUUCCCCAGUGUCGUCGAUGGCUCGCUCCCGCCUCGGUUCUGCUCGAUCAAGGGCUGCAAGGCGCUCGUGCCGGCCAACUCGUUCUUCAGGAUGUGCUCGCCGUGCCGCGACCGGUACCGCAACUACGGAACGACGAAGCGCGCCAAGUGGAAGCGCGAGAAGGAGGUCGCCGUCGCGGAGCUGCAGCAGAUGCGCACGGAGGAGGAGAAGCGCCGGGCGGACGCAGGACUACCGCCGCUCCCAGAACGCGACGUUGAAUGGCGCGAAUACCAGGCAGACGGAUUAGGAGUGAACCAGGCUGCGUCCACUUCCGCUCCCGAUGCGGGCGGGGAGGUGCUUCACGCGCCGCGGAUGUGCACCGUCUCGCAUUGCCGGGAGAUCCUCCCGGGUGGCUAUCAGUACCUGCGCUGCGAGCGACAUCGGAUCCAGAACCGGCACCACAGCAAACUCAAACGAGUGCGUGACAAGGAGGUCAAGGCUCAGGCGUACGACGGGUGGGCCGCGGCUGUGAGCGGACGCUCGGGUGACGAUGCAGAGUUCAGCAAGGAAGGAUCGGAGGGCACAUUCGACACGUCCAUGGAAAUGGCUAUGGAACAUACGCCGGAAGUGGAUGCAGAAGAUGCUGCGCAGCGCAUGGGCACGCCUGCAGACACCCCGCUUGGCGAACCGAGCACGGGCAUCCCGCCUGCUGCGCGUGGGUCGAGGAGGACGAACCAUGUCUGCUCUAUCAAGGCAUGCUUCAACCUACUCUCGCCCAGCAACCCUUGGAAGAUGUGUGACUCGUGCCGCGCCCGCGACCGUGCCAUUCGGAGGUACAAGGCUCUGCGCGAUAGUGGCAUCUUCGUGGAGCCCCCGCCGGAGAUCAAGCAGAUCAAGGAGAGGAGGAAGAGAGGAGAGGGCAGAGACACGGCGAAAAAGAUCAAGAGCAAGAAAAAGAAGAAGAAUGCUGUCGUAUCAACGAAACAGUCGAGUACAGGCGAAACUAGCUCGAUGAUUGCUGGUGCAGAACCUGGUGCUGCAUCGUCAACGCAGCCUGACGUUGCACGAGAGGCGCAGGCCGACUUCGAUCUCGAUGUGCCGGGUCAUCUUGUUUUCAUCGAUCCUCUCUUGCCGGGACCAGCAGAAGAACGGACGAAUGCAGUUUCGAUGUCUUCCACGUCCGUUGCACCUGCUACUGACACCGGUGCCGCUGCUUCGUCCGCAGCUGCCCCCCAAGAACCUCUUCCCGAGGCGACAGCCAGCCGGACUGCGCCAAGCGAAGCAGCUCCACGAGCCCGCAAGAAGAGAAUGAAACGCAAGGACAAGGUUGCAGAGCUCAUUAAUAAAACUGCAUCUACUGUACCCGCUGUUCCCGGUGGCACGGAUUCAGCAGCCCCUACCGUGCCUUCUUCGAAUACAGAUCCUCUAGCUGCCAGCACGUCAAUGGUCCCACCUCAGCCUGGUGUUAGCAGUGAUGCUAGUGCGCCCGCCGCACCCUCCGCCGAUGCAAACGGAAACUCCGAACCCAAUCAGAAUGGGGCAUAUCUAGCGCCAUCGUAUCACAUGCCAUACUAUAUCCCUCCUCCCUACAAUAUGCAGCCCUAUCCGGCCGGGAGCAGCUCGCCACCAUAUCCCUACAGUGCGGCAUAUUCUUACAUGCGCCCGCCCUACGGCCCCUCCCCGAUGUACCAGGUGCCAUACCCACCGUACGGGCCGCCUUACCCAUACCCGCCCCAGCCGUACACGCAACCUUACCCUCCUCGGUCGUACGUAACGUCCCCGCCCCCACCUGACCCGCCGACCCCAAACCAGCCACUGUUCUCGGUUUCAUCGACGUUCGUCUCGCGUGCAGAGUACGCCGCGCAGAACACGCACACCAACACCACGUCGUAUACCGCUGCUGCGGAGGCAGCCAGCUAUUACAGCACAUUUUCUGCGCGCACAGGCGAGCCGCAUCACAGGGCACCGCAUGCUCCGUCCCUGCUACGGCGCAAGCGGGCGUUGGAUGCCCAGAAUGUGGCCGCGGAGGCGAGCAAGCGUCAAGUGGUGGAGGCUGCUGGCAACGAGGGCGUACCUUCGAGUGUUCCUAUCGUGGCACCUUCCGUGCCGAAUACUCCAGCUGUAGCUGCACCGCCGCCAGCAGAAAUUAGCGACAAUCUUCCGUCGGUUGUCGACCCUGUUCCACCGGACAACAAUCAGCUUGUCGAGCCGGCCAACGCCAUUGUCCUGACGUGCAGUAAUAAGACGUGCCAUCGCAUAGUCCCCGCUAACAAUGUAGGCACGCUUUGUGCCCGAUGCAAGGAGCGCAUGAAGAAGCGUCAAAUCAAGGCCAAGCACCGAUUCAAACUGGAGCCGCGGAAGUUCCUCGGGCGGCCGUCCGAUGGCUCUGGGACUGAACAAGUCGCGCACGUUGGCGGCGAACGUGGGGAUGCUGGCGAUGAAUAG